AGUUGGUCAAGUCAGCACCCGGUUGCUGGCUACCUACAGGGCUGUAAUGGAUUCAGAGCGGGGCUCAGCCCCUCGUGAUAUAGAUACCCUCAAGAAGGAAGUUCAGCUGCGGGUAAACCCGACCGAGCUGAAGUUCCAGGAUGCCGUAUCUGGGAAAGUGUACCGCCUCCCUCUUACUGUACACAAUUUGGGCCGUUGGAACCAGAAGAUCAGGUUUCAAGAGCCAUCCAAGCCACAGUUCAAAUUGUUGUUGGCCAGUCUGGAUAAGGAGCUUGCUUCUGGGCUUCAGAUGACAGCAAUGGUGGAAUAUCAUCCUAAUAAAAAUGAAGACACAUUUGAUCACAUUUUUAUUUCUGUAGGAAAUAAAGUGCUAGAUAUUCCUCUAAUUGGGCUGAUUCCAGUCUGUCAACUGGAAAUUGUACCAGUGGUUGAUUUUGGAACAUUGGUUGCCAAUAGUAAAGUGCAUUGUAAAGAGAUUGCUAUUAUUAACCGUGGCAAAGCUCCAGGGACAUUUAAAACAGAAUACCAGGGUCAGUUACCAAUUGUCAUUUCUCCAAGUGGUGGUACUGUAAAGGCUAAAUCAUCAGUGGUCAUCAAAGUUGAUUUCUGUGCAGACCAGGCCCAAAUUGUAAAUGAAGUGGCAAGAGUAAGUUUGCAAGGUCGUCCUGAUACAUUCUUGAACAUCAAAGUGCGUGUGGUUGAACAAAUAAUCGAAUUGUUUCACAUGAAUAGUGAAAGGAAAUUGGAUUGUAUACGGUUUGGUUCUGUGUUCUUUGGAACAUCAAAAAUUGAGCAUGCCCUUCUGUAUAACAAUAGCCCUGAAACUGUAAACUGGGUGGCAAUAAUGCAAGAUGAUUGUGUUGGAGAAGAGCUGGGAGCAAAUAUUCAUCAAAGGACAGAUAUUGCCUUAAAUGAUCUCUCCUAUUUAAACAAAAUAAAGAACAUAGAUAUGACUGAUUUUAUGACCUGUGUUCCCAACGAAGGGACUUUGCUCCCAUAUCAAAAGAUUGUCAUUACAUUUUGUUUCAGCCCAAAGUUAGUAGUUGAUAUUAAAAAGGAUGUUGGGCCUGCACAUAGGCAAGACUAUGCCCUCUUUGUGAGAUUUGAUUUUGUGGGAAGUAAAGAUGGAUUUUUGAGAGAUGAUAACUCCAACACCAUGAAAAGUAAUCGACUUCAAAAAGUAGAAUUAGCACUGACAGGCUCUGGACUUCCUGUAAUAUUACACUUUGAUCCAGGAAAAUCGCUUACUUUUGCACCUUGUCGCAUGGGUGAACAUUCAGAUAUUCUUUGCAUUGUAAAAAAUCAGUCCAUAUCACUUCCUGUGAUGUACCAUUUUCAAAAAACUGCACACUUUAAAAUGGAUCCUGAAAGAGGAAAAAUAGAUGAAGGAUGUAUUCAGAAUGUGAUAUGCUCAUUUGUUCCACAUCAAAUUGGAGUAUUUAAAGUAAAGCAAGUGAUCGAGAUUAUUGGACCAGUGGCAGAUGAUAAUCUACGGUCUUUGUCAAUGAAACCUUUUCAUUAUAUAAGUUUAGAUUUCUUCAGCACUUGCAAAGCUUACACUAAGAAAGUUGGGGUGAAAAUUAAUCCUGGGAUAUCCCCCUUGGUCAGUAAUCCCACAAGGCACUUUGUGAUUAAAGAUUCAGAGAAAAAGGACGAUCUUCCACCUGUAGCUGCAAUGCUUCGGUCAACAGCAACGAAACUUCAUAAUCAUUGUUUACAUGAUGAGUCAACAAAGAAUGCAAUGAUUGCUUUUCCCAAUGAUAGAGCUGCAAGUAUCAGGUCGGGAGACCACCAUGAACAUUUCAGAACAAUUUUCACAAAGAUGCCAAGGUAUGAUUAUACAGAUCCUGAUUAUGAAUACACUGAUUUGGAAAAACUGGAAAGAAAAGCACAUCGAGAUUACUAUACAAACUAUAUUAACAAUUUAAGAAGUAUACGCCUACACAAAGAAGCACUGAGGAAUCGCAAAUUUCCAGUUAAUGAAGCAGAUAUUGGCAUGGAGCCAUCAUCUGGCCUAAGGUCACCACCACUAUCUCAAUCAGAAAUAGAAAAGGAAAUACCUCCAUCUUUAAAAGGUGCUUCUCUCAAAGCUAAAGGAUUGUUGAGUACCAAGAAAAUAGCAUCCAGAGAGUCCGAAUCUCUGCAGAGAAAGAUUACCAGAGGACUUAAAUCAAAGCCAACCACUCACAAUGAAAAAAUUGACUGCAGCAAAGUUUUGACACCAAAGCAAAUUCAUCAAGUAAUUGUUGGACCAUCUGUCCUUAAUUUUGGUAAUAUUUGUGUGAAUUCUACAAAUACUCAGCUACUUCAUAUUGUUAAUAUGCUGCCUACGUAUAUAUUGAUCCAGUUAGAUAUUGAUUUGAAAGAACUUAAGAAAACCAACCAAUUUUCAUAUGUGAUCCCACCUACAUCGAGUACAUAUAUUUCGAUGGUAUUUGAAUCUUCUACCAAUGGAAAAUUUUGGAAAUCAUUCACCUUUAAAAUUAAUAACAUACCUGGUGGACACAUCUUAGUGAUGGCUGUCAUCCUGCCUGUAAAACUUGAGCUGUCUUCUAAUGAGAUUGUAUUGAGACCACAAUCCUUCUUGUUAAAAACAUGUUUUCGUGGUACAGUUAGGCUUUAUAAUAAUCUCAAUUGCCCUGCCGAAUUUGAAUGGAAACCAGUAACUACACCAAGAGGAAUUGCAUUUACUAUUCGUCCAGCCAAAGGCAUUGUUGAUCCAUAUUGCUCAUUGGAAUGUGAAGUUAACUGGCAGCCAGGUUUUAGUUCUCCGGAGAAAGGAGAAUUUUUGCUACAAGUCACUGGAGGAAAUACUUUGACACUUAAGUGUAUUGCACAUGUUGGUCACACUAAAGUCACCUUUUUAGAGCCAAGAAUACUGUUCAGUAAUUGUUCUCAAGGUUUAACUACUUGGAGGAAAGCCAUUCUUCACAAUAUAGGGCAAAACCAUGCUUAUUUCAAGGUUUGUGAUCAAAGCCUUUUGUCUACCAUUAAUAUUGUUCCAUCAGAAGGGAUAAUCCCAUUUGGGGGAAUAACUGUUCUUAAUAUCUCCUGCACACCCUCUGUAGCAGAAAAGUUUGAUACAAGAGCAAAGGUUGAAAUUCACCAUGCAAAUGUCAUAGAUCUUAGAAUUGGUGGAUCUGUUGAAAUUGCUGAUGUUGAAAUCUUACCUAACACAUUUAAUUUCAGCGGUACCUAUGUUGGCACGACAGAAAUUAUUCCAUUUAUAAUAAAAAACAAAGGUGUGACACGUGCCAAAGUGGAGUUCAAUCUAAAAGAAUUUCCACUAUUUGCAAUGGAUUUUAAGGGAAAUGCAGGGGAGUGCAAAAAUAUGGAAGGUCCUUAUAUGUAUGCAAUAGAGGUAGAAGAAGGCACAUCUGUGGAAUGUGGCAUAACAUUUUCUCCAGUAGAAGUGGCAACAUAUGACUUUAGAUUUCCUGUCCAUAUUAAUUCCUUUAAGGCUUCAGAUCUCUACUGUGAAUAUUUGUCACAGCAAAAGGUUUUGAUGCCAAGAGUCUCACCACUUAUUCCACCAUGCUUUGUUCAAGCUACUGCAUUGCGAGCACCAUUGGAAUUAUCCAGCACUGUGUUUCUCUUUAAAGUCCCAUUAUAUGAGCUUCAGAAUAAUAAGGAAAUCACAAGAAUUCAGGAUCUUGUCUUCCGUAAUAUUUCAAAAAAAACGGUUCUUUGGUCAUUAGAUAUUGGCAAAAUAGAUAAAUAUUUUAAAAGUGGCAUAUUCAAAUUUACUGCACUGAUUGGAAGUCUGAAACCAAACGAAACGUAUACUAUUUCCAUACAUUUCUGUCCAAAAGAGCCCAUAACAUACCUAGCUGAUGUUGCUAUGCGUUUAAAUGAUAAUUUAUUUGACUAUAGAAUAUUACAUCUGAUUGGAGAGAUACAAUUACCAAAGAUAUCUUUUGAUCCAUCAUUUAUAUGUUUUACUCCUGUUCCUUUGGAUGUUACAACUGGUGUAGAUAUCAGAAUUUUGCCACAAAACUAUUUCAGUAAUUCAACUCUUCAGUUCAAGAUUCCCACUGCAAAGCUUCUUGAUGAUGAUGAGAUUCACCCACUUACUGUGACAUUUCCAAAUGGCAGAGUCAUCCAAGGCUCUAAUACUGGACUAAAUGAUGAGAUACUAUGUCACCUUAGUUUCAGUUCAUCUAAACCUGUUUCAUUUUUUGCCAAUCUUAUGUUUUGUGAUGACAGAAAUAACUGGUUCUCACUUCCAGUUACUGCAACAGCAGAAAAUUGUAUUCUUACUAUUUAUCUAUAUUUGGCAGUUAAUUUGGACAAGCAGAGAGUUGUUUUAAAGCAGGAUAAACAAGGAAAUAGUACAAAGCCUAGAGGAAGUUUUCUGAUUCCUAUGACUCCCCGAAGGGAUUCCAAAUCAUUUGCUUCACAGUUACUGAAAAGAGGAUCUCUUGUUCCCAAGUUUAUUGAUGCUGAAAUUACAUGUGGGAACCUAUUUGUUGGGAUGGAAAUUUCACGUGAUUAUUUGGACUCAGAUGAAAGUCUUGCAGAAAGAUUAUUUGCCAAAUAUCUGGAAAAUGAAGAGAAGAAUCAACAGUUCUUUGCACCUGAAGAAGGAUCAAAGGCUUUUGACUAUUUUCAGAAGGUUGUGAAUGCAGCUCAGACAUGGUUCAGUCUCUUUGGCUGGCCAGAAGGGCCCCAUUCUCUAUCUAUUCCUGAGACAAUAAGAAGGGAUGUGCAGAAAAUACAAUUCUAUUCAACAUCCUCACCACCCAAGAAAUUUUCUAGACAGUAUGAUUUUUCCAAAUAUAAUAAGACAAUUUAUGAUGUGAUACUUAACUUGAGUGGAAAACUGCCACCUGGAAUUAACUCAAGCCAGUCGUUACCCGUGGAUAACGUUGAAAGGGUGAUACAACUCCAUUCGCAGCAUGCCUCACUUCUAGACUUUAUCACUGCUCAAGGUGGAUGCAUUUCUCAUGUGCUGCCCGAAUUUUUGCUUGAACCGAAAGAUUAUACUAAGUGGCUGGAAAUUAAAACAUCCACUAAAAACACAGCUAUCAGCACACUUAAGGGAAACUAUUCUGUUGAUAUAGAUAUGGAUAAUUUUGAAGCCUGGAGUAAACGAGCAUGGACAGAUGUAUUUCUUCAGAUAUACAAGGUUACGGUUCUAUCUCGGGUCACACCACAUUGUUCCAGUUCUAUGCCAACCAUACUUGGAGAGAACAAAUCAAAAAUCAGUCCUUCUUUUGCAUCCAGCAACAUAUAUUCAAAUUCUGAAAGGAUUAUACUUAGUUGGUUGAAUACAAACUAUGAAAAUCAACGAACUAAUAUAUGGAAAGAUAAUAAAAAUGAUGUGCCCCCUGAAAGGUGGAUAGUAAAUUUUGACUCAGACCUUCUUGAUGGCCUUGUGUUUGCUACACAGCUGGCAGCAUACUGCCCAUUUUUGAUUGAGCCUUAUUUUAUAAAUAUGUACACACGACCAAAACGCUCAGAACAGUAUUUGCACAAUUGCUUGAUUAUUAUAAAUAGUCUUCGUGAAAUUGGAUUUGAUUUAAACAUACAGGCCAUUGACAUCUGUGAUCCAAACCCAGUGCUGAUGCUAAUGCUCUGUGUCUACAUGUAUGAGAGGCUCCCUACAUACCUUCCCAGGAAAGUGGUACCAUUCCAUUGUACUCUAUAUGAUGUUGUGCUGGGACAGAUAUUAUUGAAAAAUCCAAGCUUGAAGAAUUUAGUGUAUACGGCUACAAUUGUUGGAAGAGAUGCUAAUGACUUCUCUCUUGCCCAGACAGGGAAUGUUAUAACAAUUGCCCCAAAAAAUCACAUUGUUGUUGCUGUGAAAUUUUUAAGUCGCUUUCUCCAUCCUGCUGAAGCUACACUAUUAUUAAUUUCAAAACCUAAGGGUGGAGUAGGAGGAAGUACAAUGGCUUUUGCUCUUCGGGGACAAAUACUAAAUUUUAAAGCAAUUGAUGUUCUAAAAUGUAAAUCUCCAUGUUAUCAAUGGAAAGAAGUCACGUUGAACGUGAAAAACCCCUUUCCAAGUGGUGGAGAUUUUCAGGUCAUUCUCGUGGAAUCUACCACACUUAUGCAUUUACCAGCACAAGUAACUGAUUCUUCAAGGUACACUGUGAUGCCUGAUCAUAUUAUGAGUAGUGACUAUGCUGCUGAUCGGAGUUCUUCCAAUGCUGAAAAUGGCUUAAGAACAUCAAUUAAGUCUAACUUCAUCAGAGAAUUCUUCUGUACAACACAAACACUUACCCUGGGACCAAAAGCAUCUUCAAGCCUGGAGGUCUACUAUCUUCCCUUUGACAUGCAUGUUCGCUAUUGUGCCAUCCUCCUGAGCAACAAAGAGAUUGGAGAUUUGAUUUAUGUUAUAGAAGGAAAAGGUUUGAUACCCUUGCCUUCCAAUUUCCUUCCAAUGAAGCCUCCAAGUCCAAUUGACUACAGCACUUCUCUAGAAGAAUAUAAGGAAGAUCCAGUUCUUUAUCUGAGAUGCAAACCCCAUCAAAUCCUUGAUAUGGAACUUAAAGUACCACUGACUAAUGAAUCAAAGGAAAAGGCUUUGGCUUUUGCAGCACAGCAACAGAUGUCAGCUCUUGAAUAUGAACGAAGGGCUAUCGCUGGUACUCUGGAGAGUAGUACCAUUCGUGCGGCUGUUGCCCUCCUAGGACUAACCAAGAUUGAGUGCCUUUUGCUCUUUAAUAUGUCAAAGUUGAAGAAGCCUAAAUCCAUUUUAUAUACAACAGAAUUGAGCCUUCCUGCACAUUUCAAUAUACCCAGAAAAAUUUAUAUUCCUCAGAUUCCAGAACCUCCAGAUUUCCAUACACAGUCUAUGGAAAUAAAACCUCAAUUUGUAUCAGGAGAAGGGCCAUUCCAGAGACAAUUGCCAAGCACCCAAGCAGCCUUAGAAGGAACGGUUUCAAUUCCUCUACGAUUUGCUCCGCUUGGGUCUGGAAGAUACCCUUGUAAAAUGUUGUUGUUAUCAAGAAAUGAUGUACGUGUAUAUGUAAUUGAAGGUAUAGUAAAUGAAGAAGAACCAGAGGCUGAAUUGUUGUUUAAAACACCAGCAUUUGAACCACUAACACAGCAUAUCCCAAUAAAAAAUGAAUCCAAGAAACUUUCGAAAUUUCAAGUUAAAAUAGAAGGAGAGGGGUUUCAUGGACCUCCAGUUUUACAUGUUGCCCCUGGUGAAACUAUCCAAUAUCCUUUGACAUUCAAGCCAAUUUUGGAAUGUGAAAUUAUGGGUAAACUUACUUUACAAAGUGAAGUUGAUGGCAUGGCACAUGUCAUUGAAAUAGAUGGGAUUGGAACAAAGCCCACGGCCUUGGACCACAUUGUUAUAGACUGCAAAGUGGGAAAUGUGACAGAUAAGUCCAUAAUAGUGCCUAAUUAUACAAAAAGUCUCCUGACAUUUAAGGUAACUUCCGAUCUCUCAAUAGUGUGGGGAAAUCCCUUAAUCACCAUAGAGCCUGACAACUCAGUUCCUUAUACUCUCCAUGUAUGUCCUUGGAAACGUGGAGUAUUCAAAGGUGCAAUUAUGUUUUCCGUUAAGAGUAGAGAUGAGGAAGAUUCAGAGGAAGACACAGAUACAGAGAAAGACUCCUCUUCUCAGGAAACACCAUCAGAUCCAUCUACCAUUAUUUUUGAGGAAUACUCAGAUGAAAAGGUUAAAGCUCUAAAAAUCUGGUAUCAUCUUGAAAUUCGUAGCUCUCCUGGACCUCCUGUAGAUACAAUUGAACUUCAUUGUAUUGCUCUGGAAACAACUUGCAUUGAAAUGCCUAUCUCCAAUUCAAAAAAUUCACCUGUUUGUUUGGAUGUGAAAUUAACAUCUUCUGCCUUUAAUGGACCAUCAGAAAUGAAACUAGGUGCAUUGGAAAAUGUGAACUAUAUUGUAUGGUAUUCUCCAGCAACCACAGGCUAUAAAGAAGAAAGCAUUAUUUUUCAGCCUGAAAUGGGUGAAGAGUUCUGGUAUUUACUAAAAUUAACAACUGACCUUCCAAAACCAAAGAGAAUACCAGAAAUGAAGUGUGAUCUUGGAAAGAAGAUCAUUCAAACCCUUCCAUUAUAUAAUCCUACGAAUGAAAUUUUAGAACUGAAAAUAAGGAACAGUAAUCCUGAAAAUUUUGUCAUGGAUCUUAACAGAAAAUUACCAUUGGUCCUCCUACCCCACACUACCACAGAGAUAUCUGUUUACUUUCAUCCAUCUGGACUUGGGAGACAUGGUCAUGAAACAUGCAUUAACUUCUAUUGUACUCAGUUUAAAGAAUGGAAAUUCUACAUGUUUGGAGUAGGACUGUACCCCAGGCCUAUAGAAACAGAAAGAAUAACCACUAUUCUUGGUCUUCAGGCAUCUGUUAUGAUACAUUUUAAAAAUCCUACCAGUGAAGAUGUUUCUGUUGAUCUCAUAUUAACAAACAAAGAACUACCCAAGAGUCUUGUAAUUGACCAAUACUGGAAGAGUUUCCUCCAUGAGAAUGCUGCCUUCCGGUUUAGCUCUCUGAAGCGUACACACGGAAUUGUGGUGCCCCCUAAAGGAAAUUUAGAUAUCCCAGUGUUAUUUAUACCUUCUGCUAUGACAUUAUAUAAAACAAUGGUGAUUGUUAAGGUGAACAGAGCAAACAAAAAGAAUUGGCUGAUUGACAAUUUUGAUGAACUUAAUGAAGAGUCUAAGAGAUUUAUAGGAGUAGACCGUGGGGAAAUUCAAGCAAUACACUGGAUGUACCCUGUCGUUGGACUUCCUCAAGCACCACCCCCUAAAACUUCUCCAGUUGUCAUAAGAUGUCAGGCCAACAAACGAACAGAAGAGAAAGUAGAAGUGUCAAUGAUUGGAAGUUUUUUUGGCAAACGUCCAUCACCUGAUAUGACAGAAUUUUUAGUUUAUCCAAAACGAAAUUCAUCUAACAGUGUUUAUGAAGAUGUUGAAGUAACUCCUAAAAGACGGGAAUUUGAGUAUGAAAUAGAGUAUGAAUCUGAAGAAGCAAGGACUAUCCUGGAUUCUGCUAUAACUUUAUAUUUAUUCAGGAAACAUUUUAAUGUAAAAAGUGAAGUAAUUUCAUUGAUUUUCAAUCUGAUAUUUACACCAAGGAAACCACUCAGGGCUCAUAUCACAUUGAAAGUAGAGUGCAUAACAGAUGGAAUCUGGAAAUUUCCUAUAACAUUGAUUGCUACUGAGCCCGAAGUGGAGGAUGUCAUUAACAUCCAAGGAAUAGGUUUAUUCAAAACAGCUGAAACAGAAUUCCGACUGACAAGUCAGACAAGGUAUUAUGAGCCAUUUGUGGCCCAUUUUCUGCCAGGAAGUGAUCGAGAGUUUUUUGUAAAACCUCAUUGUGGAGAACUUCCUCCAUUUUACACAAAAGGAAUUAUCUUCAGUGUAGGAUUUAAACCCAGAAUGUACAGUAAGAAAUAUCAAGCUACUCUUGUAAUACAGACAGAAGAAAUAUAUUGGUUGUAUGAAAUAAAUGGGUUACCUCCAUUGCCAAAAUCACUGGAACAUGUAACAGCCAAAAUUGAUGCUACUAACAAGUUUUGUGACUGCAUGCCACCAAUUCGACGUAAUUUUAUUCGUGAAAAUACUAAACUUCGAAGUACGGGAGUAUCUUCUACUGUUAAAGGUGCCCCUUUAUUCAAAAAGCAUAAAUAA